AUGACACGAAGAGCGAGGCUUUCCGGUUUGUUGUUGUCUGCGCUUGCCACUACCGUUUACGGUGCCAACGACACCAAGACCUUUCAGGAGAGAUGCCUCUCGUUCAAGCCAGAUAUCUACGUCCAGAACUCGACGCUGAAUGUGCUUGAGUAUGUACCGUCAGCAACUAAUCUUACGUUUCCGGAUAACGACCCUACGUGCGCUCGAGCGAGCCAGAUGGCUUACGCCGACUUGUGUCGCGUUGCUCUAUCGAUCCCGACUUCGAACAGGUCAAGUAUCACGUUCGAGAUGUGGCUUCCGGAGUCCUGGGAAGGACGGACAUUGGCGACUGGCAACGGAGGUAUCGAUGGCUGUGUCAAGUACGAGGAUAUAGCGUACGGUACAGCCAAUGGGUUUUCGAGGUUCGUCACUCUUCUAUGCGAUCGAUCCUCCUCACUUUGCAAUCCCUUGAAUCUAGCUACCAUGAUACGAGCACUAACUGAUUUGCAGUACAAACUGAUCGUAGCAGCUCUUGGAACGAACAACGGCCACAACGGCACCUACGGCAAUGCUUUCUAUCAUAAUGAAGAUAUUGUCAUUGACUACGCUUGGGUGUCGCUUCACACCUCGGUAGAUGUUGGAAAGAGGCUCACGACCCUCUUCUACGGUGAAAGUGCGAAGAAAUCGUAUUACAUAGGCUGCUCCCUAGGCGGACGACAAGGCAUCGGCAGCGCAGAAAAAUUCCCCGAGGAUUUCGACGGGAUUGUUGCAGGGUCGCCAGCGGUUAACUUCAACAGCCUCUACUCCUGGCGGGCCAGAUUCUUCACUGUCACAGGAGCUCCAGCCUCGGAAGACUUCAUCGCGGCAGAUACGUGGAAGACCACAAUCCACUCCGAGGUACUCAGCCAAUGUGAUGGCAUUGAUGGAGUCCUCGAUGGCAUCAUUGAGGAUCCGACACUAUGCCACUUUCAAGCCGAAAGGCUUCUUUGCGGCUCAACCGAUAACACUACAGCCGACUGCCUGAACCCAGCCCAAGUCCAGAAAGUUGAGACGAUCUUCAGCAAUUACUUGUGGCCAAACGGUACCGUCAUGUACCCAGGGAUGCAACCAGGUAGCGAGAUACUCGCCGCAGAUGGGCUCUACUCCGGUCAAGCGUUUGGCCCUUCAACCGACUGGUUCAGGUUCGCGGUACUCGAAGACCCCUCGUGGCGUCCAGCAACUUACACACUGGACGAUUCUCUGAUCGCUGCACAAAAAAACCUUGGCGGUAUACGGACCUGGCCUUCCUCACUUGCCGCAUUUCAAAGUCACGGAGGCAAGCUCCUGACCUUUCACGGACAGCAGGACCAGCAGAUCAGCAGCUUCAACUCGGCGCGCUUCUAUGGGCAUCUGGCGAGCGGUAUGGGGUAUUCACAGGAGCAGAUGGACGAGUUCUACCGCCUCUUCCGUGUUCCCGGUAUGAACCACUGUAGUGGUGGACCUGGUGCAUGGACUAUUGGACAGGGCGGCAGUGAUGCAGCGUAUGGUAUUCCGUUUGACAGAGCGCAUAAUGUCCUGGCAGCUGUGGUAGACUGGGUUGAGGGAGGGUUACCACCAGAUACCAUUACGGGUACCAAGUUCGUAAACGAUUCUGUCAGCUGGGGUGUGGCGUACCAACAUCGCCAUUGCAGAUACCCGUCCAGGAGCACGUACAAGGGUGAAGGGCAUGAUCCCCUCAUCGAGGAUAGUUGGGAAUGUAGAGACGCCGUUGUUGGGUAG